UGGCUUACCAUGAACAGACAUAUCCAGAAACGAGCCCCAAAACGUCCGGUAUUAUCGGGUCCGUCUUGUUUCGACGAGUUUCAGCUUGCGAGCGAUGGCGGACUCGGGAGGCGGACGAAAGCUGCUGCCUUCUCUGCUACCCAUCCUACCUGUCGUUAACCGCGUGCUGCUACCUGGAGCCCGCAUGAUUUUGGAGGUCACCGACCCCCGAGGGCUGAAUCUUGUUGAGAGUCAACUGUGGAACGAGACUGACUGGAGAGGCAAAUACAUCGGAGUUGUUCCCAGACCCUCAGCAGUCUGGAAGAUCUCGAGGGAGGAGUGGGAACUGCAGCGAGUGUCCAGCAGAUGACGGCGUGGAGCCACCCCGUGCCGCGGUACUCUCUGGUCCUGGCCGGUCUGUGUCGGUUCAGAGUGGAGGAGGUGAUGAGAGACGUUCCUUUCCCGGUGGCCAGAGUCUCACAGCUCGACUACAGACACGAGGGCGGGGAGGGUGUUUCAGUGGAGGCCCAGCCUCUGGCAGAUGAGUACAGAGCAAGUGCCCUGGAGCUGGUGGAUCUACUGAACCUUGAACCCUCCUCCCACACUAAACUCAAGCGUCUGCUGAGUUCUCUGCCAGACCACACCCUCCCGGACACCCUGACGUCGGUCUUGAGAACCUCCUUCACGGAGCAGCUGUCUGUUCUCACAGCCGUAGACCUGCCCCUGCGCUACCAGGCCGCCCAGCCUCUCCUUAACAGACAGAUUGCCGCACUGAAGCUGAUGAAACAGGGACCGAGAGAGGAUAAGUCUAAUGAUGGGGGCUCCCCACGUCAACAUCGCCGUGGGAGAGUGCUCCAAAUAGAGUUGCCCCGAGGAAGGAGGGGAGGGAGGGAGGGCGAGGAGGAGGAAGAAGAGGAUGAGAUGAAGGAACUACAAAAAAGAAUCGAGAAGGCUAAGCUGCCAGAACAUGCACUGAAAGCAGCGCUGAAAGAGCUAAAGAGACUCAAGAGUCUACCAGUACAGUUUCCAGAGCACUCUGUGGCCAGGAAUUACCUGGAGACACUGCUGGAUCUCCCCUGGUCCUCCUCCACCACCGACACCCUGGACCUGCAAGCAGCCAGACUCACUCUCGAAGCCGAUCACUACGGCCUCCAGCCUGUGAAGAAGAGAGUGCUGGAGUACCUGGCGGUGUGUCAGUUGACUCAGGGACUGAAGGGACCGAUCCUCUGUCUAGUGGGAGCCCCUGGUGUUGGGAAGACCAGUAUUGGACGCUCCGUCGCCAAGACCCUCUGUAGAAAGUUCCACAGGAUUUCCUUGGGUGGAGUGUGCGACCAGUCAGAUAUUCGCGGACACAGACGAACGUACAUUGGCUCUCUACCGGGCAGGAUCAUGGCGGGACUGAGGACUGUGGGUGUACGUAACCCAGUCUUUCUGCUGGACGAGGUGGACAAACUAACACGAGGCGGUGUCCACGGAGACCCAGCUGCCGCCCUACUAGAGGUCCUGGACCCUGAACAAAACUCAUCCUUUGUUGACCACUACGUGGGUCUGCCCUUUGACCUCUCCAAGAUUCUCUUCAUCGCCACUGCCAACUCUGUCGCCACCAUCCCGGCUGCCCUCCUCGACAGAAUGGAGGUGCUGGAAGUCCAAGGUUACACCAGUGAAGAGAAGGUGGAGAUUGCAGUCAGACAUCUUCUGCCAAAGCAGCUAAAGCAACAUGGGCUGACUCCAGAUCAGCUCACCAUCCCACCCUCCACCCUAGCAACCAUAGCUAAUAACUACACCAGGGAGGCAGGAGUGAGGGGUCUGGAGCGGAACAUUGGAGCAAUCUGUCGUUCAGUGGCUGUGAAGGUGGCCGAGAAUAGAGGAGAGAGUGGCAAGACCACACCCACUGUUGUCACGGAAACCAUGCUCGGAGACAUACUCGGGCCGCAGAAGUUUGAGCACGAGGUUUCAGAGAGACUCACAAGACCUGGAGUAGCUGUAGGUCUUGCGUGGACAGGGAUGGGAGGAGAGAUCCUGUUCAUUGAAGCCAGUCGAAUGCCAGGCAGCGGGGAGCUGACCCUCACCGGACAGCUGGGCGACGUGAUGAAAGAAUCUGCACAGAUCGCAUUCAACUGGCUGAGAUCCAACGCCUCUAGAUAUGGAGUCCAGUGUGACGUACCAAAGGAGACGGAUCUCCACAUCCAUUUCCCGGCAGGAGCCAUCGGUAAAGACGGCCCGUCAGCUGGAGUUGCCAUUGCAGUGGCUCUCGUCUCUCUCUACUCACGUCGCUGCGUGAGGUCCGACACUGCCAUGACCGGAGAGAUCACCCUCAGAGGACUCGUUCUACCAGUGGGAGGAAUCAAGGAGAAGUUGCUAGCAGCACAGAGAGCAGGGAUAAGACAUGUGGUGCUGCCCAAGAGAAACGAAAAGGACCUGGUGGAACUUCCUGUCAAUGUCAAGAACCAGCUAGAGGUAUCCCUAGUGUCUACCGUUGAAGAAGCUCUCACUAAGACCUUCGAUGGAGGACUUGCUCCAAUCAGCAAACUCUGAUUUCCCCUUGUCAUUCUGCUGUGUGUGCUGUGCUGACCGUGCAAUGCUAUUGUCACCCCUAGCCUUGUACGGAAGUCUAUGUUUGCCUCUUCAGGCAGUGAAUACCAUUGUGUAGAUCACGUCAUCUCAUCUCAUGCUGAGCUGUAUACGCUACUGAGUGUCACAAGUAUAAGGAAACAUGCAUACAUAUUAUACAUAUUAUACACAAUAGGUGGUGAUGCAGAAAUGGCAGGUGUGGAAGGUGGGCAUUAAAUGAAAACAUCAGCACUGGAGCAUUGCCUGGGCAAGUUGGCUCCGGUGCGUCAUGAAGGCACACUCUACCACUACCUAUACAUCCCUACACACACACACACACACACACCACUGAAACACACAUACAUGCAAAAAGGAGGAAGAAAAAGCAGCAUACUGAUAAAACACGUCUUUAGAAAAUUUUUUGUUAGUUGGGAGAGGGUUUAGUGGUAAGAUUUGCGAGACAUGAUCCCGUGCACCCUCUUCUGCACGUUCUCCGGGAGGCUGAACUUUGGCAUCUCGUCUUCCAGGGCCUCUAGUGACCCGUACCCUCCACAGUAACCGUUGAGUCGAGUGGCCACGUGAGAAGUGACGAGGUCCUUGUCCGAGAGGUUGAGGGCACUCAUUACGUCUCCCUGCUGACGGAGCAGGUACUUCUGAUGGUAGUUCUCGGCCUCGUAGAAGGCCUCGGCAGCGUGGAUCUUGGUGACGAUGGGUUUGGACAGCUGCUUCUGUCUCUCCUUCAUGCUCUCCUCUGCCAGCUUCUUCUGCUUCUCUCCGUGGUAGAAGACGGCCGACAUGUACUGGCGAGAGGCACAGCGAGUCGUGUCGUGGUUGUCCCAGAACAUCUUGAGCAUCGUGGGAUAGUCUGUCUGUCUGGGAUCAAACACAAUCUCCACCGUCUCCGUGUGGUCCCCAAGACUGUAGUAAGACGGUCCCUUCUUUUUCCCGCCCGUGAACCCCACCCUGGUCUGGAGAACCCCCGGGGCGCUGCCGAACUGCGCCUCGGGGAACCAAAAUCAGCUCAUGGCGAAGGUGGCAACCUCGCGGUCCCCGCCGUCCGCGAGUGAGAGCCCGGCCAUCUGAUCUACAGCUGCUUCUUCCUCCGAGCUCAUCUUGUUACUGCCGCCGGAUACUGCGGGGUCUGCUUUCUUUGAACGUGUUCCGCUGUUCAGUAACCUUCUGACAAAGGCCAUCACAAAGGUUUUGUGCAGGGUCGGAGUGUGUGG